AUGUAUCAAGUUUACAGAGAGGUGUACCCAGAUAAGGUUUACCGAGAGGUGUACCCAGAUAAGGUUUACCGAGAGGUGUACCCAGAUAAGGUUUACCGAGAGGUGUACCCAGAUAAGGUUUACAGAGAGGUGUACCCAGAUAAUGUUUACCGAGAGGUGUACCCAGAUAAGGCUUACCGAGAGGUGUACCCAGAUAAGGCUUACAGAGAGGUGUACCCAGAUAAGGUUUACAGAGAGGUGUACCCAGAUAAGGUUUACAGAGAGGUGUACCCAGAUAAGGUUUACAGAGAGGUGUACCCAGAUAAGGUUUACCGAGAGGUGUACCCAGAUAAGGUUUACCGAGAGGUGUACCCUGAUAAGGUUUACCGAGAGGUGUACCCAGAUAAGGUUUACAGAGAGGUGUACCCAGAUAAGGUUUACCGAGAGGUGUACCCAGAUAAGGUUUACCGAGAGGUGUACCCAGAUAAAGUUUACCGAGAGGUGUACCCAGAUUUUCGGUGUAUAUACACUCAAAGUUUACUUUAG